ACGAUUGACUCAAAACGUCGUGGAAUGCCAUUCUACGAUCAUUCAACAUACUCAGUAGCACAAGUUCUUCCAGGUGAGGAGAGAGAGGAAUCGAUUGUCCCUAAGUAUCUCUAUGAUCGAGCGUUCCAUGCCCAUUUCAAGGGCCAUAUGUUUCCUGAUGCCAUUCAACCAGAACCCCUUCCCUUGUAUCUAUUCCUUGUAGUUUCAAUGAUUAUUACACAGCGUGCUGUGAGUCGGAGCGUUCUCAAGGUAGGCUUUGAACCCUCCAUCUAUGAUAGCAAAAUUGAAGUGCGAAGCAGGAAGCUGAUCUUGUAUCUGGGUUCCGAUUUAAAGCUAAUAGAGAAACUCAACCGACCGCUAAUUACCUUGAGAAAUCUCGAUGAUCCAACACGCCCACCCAGACAAAUUACUCCAACUGGACGAAAGAAAAAAGUUCUUUCCUUGAAGCCUUCAACACAUUACCGUCUUACAGUGUCCGAGAAAGAUCCAUCAAAAAGAAAAGGUGAGAUCUCCAGAGAAUAUCGAUUCCGAUCGCCAUCUGAUAGACCGAGCAAGCUCCAAAAAGUCGAAAUGCACAAGAUAAGUCCAAAUGAAGUAAUCUUGAAUUGGCUGCCACCAGUACAGACGAAUGGACGAAUUCAAGGUUACAUGGUGAUGUACACUUUCGAUAAUCUCUUUUGGGCAAUUAAAAACACACUGGAUCUUCAAUUCAACAUUGUAUUUGAAGAAACCGUCAAGAAGAUAACAGCCCUCGUAGCGGCAUAUACUGGACCCAACGAAGGCGAUUCGCAAGGUGGAGGAAUGGGCAAAAUCAGCCAAAUUACAUUGGCCUUAAACGGUGCAGGCAGUUGA